AUGACGACUUUAACACAUCCGGAAUGGAACAAAGAAACAGGCGGGCUAGAGGUUUCCAAAGCCUUUGCAGAUCAGAUUCGUGGAAAGAAAGUACUGAUUACCGGUGUAUCACCAGAAAGUAUUGGGUCUUCAAUUGCUCUUUCGAUCGCUUCUCAAGCACCCGCCCUUUUGAUACUCGCCUCACGUACCGAAUCGAAGCUUGAGCAAGUACGAAAGGCCGUGCAAGAUGCCUACCCCGGGACUGCAACUAAAAUUGUGGUUCUCGAUUUGAUGUCGCAAGACUCCAUUAGGAAGGCGGCAAAACACGUUUCAGAGUUGACCGAUCGUCUGGACUUAAUCAUUAACAAUGCCGGCCUUGUGACCAAGACUCGUCGGAAAACUGUGGAGGGCAUCGAAGCACAGUUUGGUGCCAAUCAUAUUGGUCACUUUCUAUUCACCACCCUUCUCGUACCCCAACUUCUAAAGUCGGCUGCAUCGUCCAUUCCGGGAGCAACACGUGUUGUCAAUGUCUCAUCACUUGGUCAUCGCCUGAGCGCCAUUCGUUUUUCAGAUUACAAUUUAGAGAAAAGCAACGAAGAGCUGCCAGAGGAAGAGCGAUACACGCCAUCUUUCCCUGCGUUUGCCAAGAUUCAAGGCAGCAAUGGAUACCAAGGAUUUGCAGCAUAUGGUCAAUCAAAGACUGCGAACAUUUUGUUUUCCGUAAGCAUCAACAAAAAGCUCGGUGGAAAAGGUAUAAGAAGCUAUGCAGUUCAUCCAGGGACGAUAUGGACCAACAUUAGUCGUGAUCUUGGUUCUGAAGAGAUAGCGGCAGUCGAGAAAGCGAGUCCAUUCUCGAAGAAUCUUGAUCAAGGCGCGGCUACAGUGUUGGUUGCAGCGCUGGACCCAGCUCUGAACGAAGAGAAAGGAAUCUUCCUCGAUGACUGUCAAAUGAUAGAAGCAAUGCCACACGCAACUGAUCCAGAUCAAGCCGAGAAGCUUUGGGAUUUGAGUGAGAAGCUGGUAGGGACCAAAUUCAAACUGUGA